AUGCUACACAGAGUUCGUCAAGAGUCAGCGGAGCAGUCUCAACAGAAGGAAGUGGUACAAGACUCAAUACAAAUACCACACAGAAUUCAUCAAGAGGCUGCUCCGGAUACCACACAAAAUUCGUCAAGAGUCAGCGGAGCAGUCUCAACAGCAGAAAUGGUACAAGACUCAAUACAAGAUGCCACACAAGAUUCGUCAAGAGUCUCCGGAGCAGUCUCAACAGAAGAAAUGGUGCAAGACUCAACAGACGGAAGUGGUGCAAGUCUCAACACAAAAUACCACACGGAAUUCAUCAAGAGACUGCUCCAGAUGCCACACAGAAUUCAUCUCGAGUCAGCGGAGUAG